AAAGGAAACAACAACAGCGUGGCGGAGGAGCGAAGCAGCGACGACGACGAAGACGACGACGCGAGGAUGUGCGUGUGACGCCCCCCCCCCCAGCCUCCGGCCGCCGUCACCGCAGCGACAACAGCUCCAGCGAAUCUCUCCGGGGGGAGGAUGAAGCGGCGCAAUGCGGACUGCAGCAAACUCCGACGGCCGCUGAAACGGAACCGAAUCACGGAGGGUAUCUACAGCAGCACGUUCCUGUACCUGAAGUUCCUCGUGGUGUGGGUGCUGGUUCUGCUGGCCGACUUUGUGUUGGAGUUCAGGUUUGAGUACCUGUGGCCCUUCUGGCUUUUCAUUCGCAGCGUCUACGACUCCUUCAGAUAUCAGGGACUGGCGUUCUCUGUCUUCUUCGUAUGUGUGGCGUUCACAUCGGACAUUAUCUGCCUCCUUUUCAUCCCCGUCCAAUGGUUGUUUUUUGCCGCCAGCACCUACGUAUGGGUCCAGUAUGUCUGGCACACGGAGAGGGGAGUCUGUCUACCCACUGUAUCGCUGUGGAUUCUGUUUGUGUACAUCGAAGCUGCCAUACGUUUCAAAGAUCUGAAGAACUUUCAUGUAGACCUGUGUAGACCCUUUGCUGCGCACUGUAUCGGCUAUCCAGUGGUGACGCUGGGCUUCGGGUUUAAAAGCUACGUUAGCUACAAGAUGCGACUGAGGAAACAGAAGGAAGUGCAAAAGGAGAACGAGUUCUACAUGCAGCUUCUACAGCAGGCUUUGCCUUUAGAGCAACAGAUGCUGCAGAGACAAGAGAGGGAGGCAGAAGAGGCUGCUUUAGCUAAAGGGAUCACAGAGGUGGAACCUCCAGUAAUAUCCCAAAACGGAGCUACUCCUGGAAAGAAGAGCACAUCAGUCCCCUUACCAGAACUGGAGUACCGGGAAAAAGGGAAGGACAGUACUGCAAAAGAGCGCGAGGGCAAAAAAACAAACUCCGUUGGAAUCAAUAACAACAGUAUUGUACACACACUGGACUCUAAACUACAGGAGACAGAGUAUAUUGAGAACUACGUCGGGGCAAAGAGACUAAAUAACGACCUGGCUGGAGAAAACGCCCACCCGGACACUAGCACACACACUACUUCGAAAGAGGAAAUGAGUGGUGCGGGAAAGAACAAUAAAAAUGCCGGUGGAGCUGCGGGCAGCAUUUCGAAUUCAUCUCCACGGAAUCACAGCUCUACCAAUGGCAGCGUGCCGCAAGGCUCAUCGACAAGUAAGAGCGAGAAGAAGCAGAAAGGGGCUGGGAAGGGUCAGAAGGAUCCGGUGGAGAAUUGCAUUCCCAACAACCAGCUGGGCAAGCCAGAUGCUCUAGUACGGUUGGAGCAGGAUGUAAAGCGACUGAAGGCAGAUCUCCAGGCCAACAGGCAGCUGGAGUCAGACCUGCGGAGUCAGCUGUCCUCUAUGAGCAGCCAGGACCGCAGCCUUCGGUCUGAACUGGGCCAGAUCCGCCAGGACAAUGAGCUGCUUCAGAACAAGCUCCACAGCGCCGUCCAGGCCAAGCAGAAAGAUAAGCAGACCAUCUCCCAGCUGGAGAAGAGGCUCAAGGCUGAGCAGGAGGCUCGGGCCCUGGCUGAGAAACAGCUGGCCGAGGAGAGGAAGAGGAAGAAGAUGGAGGAGGCCACGGCUGCCAGAGCUGUAGCAUUAGCUACUGCCACUAGAGUGGAGUCUAAUGACUCUCUUCGCGCUCGUAUCAGAGAGCUAGAGACGGAGUAUAAGAAGCUCAGCUUGGACAUGAAACUUAAGGAGGAGCAGAUUAGGGAUCUGGAGGGGAAGUGUCAGGAGCUGAGGAAGUACAAAGAGAAUGAGAAGGACACAGAGGUGUUGAUGUCAGCACUGUCAGCCAUGCAGGACAAGACCCAGCACCUGGAGAACAGCCUCAGUGCUGAGACCAGGAUCAAACUGGACCUCUUCUCUGCACUGGGAGAUGCCAAGAGGCAGCUGGAGAUAGCACAAGGCCAGACCCACCAGAGGGAGCAGGAGAUCGCAGAGCUGAAGCAGAAGAUAGCCGAGGUGAUGGCGGUGAUGCCGAGCCUGUCUUACUCGUCAGACAGCAGCAACCACAGCCCCGUCGCCCCGCACUACUCUUCCAAGUUCAUGGACAAUAGUCCCUCGUCCCUGGACCCCAACGCCUCAGUCUACCAGCCCCUCAAAAAGUGACUCUGACGUCCACACUUUGUGUCAGACAGAACUUUUUCUCUUUCUUUAUUUCAGUGACGUUCUCAGUUCUGGCUUUUUGUUUUUCAGUUUAACAGCCCCUGACAGUUGUUGCACUCACACACACUUACA